AUGGCGUCACUGCAGAUACUGCUCUGCCUCUGUGUCGCCGCCGCGCACCUGGCGGGGACCCGAGCCUCGGGGGUGGAGAGUUCACAGAAGUCCUUCCCCCUACCCCUCACCCCUUUGACAGGCACCACCACCCCUGAGGAGCCCAUGGUGACUGCGUGGGGCCUUGAAGGUUCACUGCUGCACCCUGGCCAGCCCUCACCAGCCCUGGAGGACUGGGAAGAGGCCAGCGAGUGGACGUCCUGGUUCAACGUCGACCACCCGGGAGGCGACGGUGACUUCGAGAGCUUGGCUGCGAUCCGCUUCUAUUACGGGCCGGCGCGCGUGUGCCCGCGGCCGCUGGCGCUGGAGGCGCGCACCACAGACUGGGCCCUGCCGUCAGACGUCGGCGAGCGCGUACACUUGAACCCCACGCGAGGUUUCUGGUGCCUCAACCGCGAGCAGCCCCGAGGCCGCCGCUGCUCCAACUACCUCGUGCGCUUCCGCUGCCCGCUCGAGGCCACGUGGGGUGCGUGGGGCCCGUGGGGUCCUUGUUCGGGGAGCUGCGGGCCAGGCCGUCGCUUGCGCCGCCGCCGCUGCCCAAGCCCUGCUGCGGAUGCGUGUCCUGGGCGUCCCCUGGAGGCGCAGAAGUGUGUGAGGCCUACAUGUCCAGGCAUGGCCCAGGCCCAGGCCAACAGCUCCAUCUCUGCUGUGGUCACUCUUGUCCUUAAUAAGUUGGAGAAGCCCUAUCUGGUGAAGCACCCUGAGUCCCGAGUUCGAGAGGCUGGCCAGAAUGUGACCUUCUGCUGCAAAGCCUUGGGCACCCCCAUGCCCAAGAAAUACUCCUGGUUCCACAACGGGACCCUGCUGGACAGGCGAACGCACAGGUACGGGACCCACCUGGAGCUGCAUGGGCUUCACCCAGACCAGGCAGGCACCUAUCACUGCAAAGCGUGGAAUGAUGCCGGGGCCGUGCGAUCGGGCACUGCCCAACUCACCGUGCUUGCCCCAGGCCAGCCAGCCUGUGACCCCCAGCCCCGAGAACACCUGAUCAAGCUUCCAGACGACUGUGGUCAGCCAGGCAGCGGCCUCAUCUACCUGGACGUAGGCCUUUGCCCUGACACCCUCUGCCCCAGCCCUGCGGGCUCGAGCCCCCGAUGUGGGGAUGCAGGCUCCCGCUGCUGCUCGGUGCACCGGCUGGAGAGCAGGAAGAUCCACUGCUCUGGCUACAUCCUCCCAGUAAAGAUAGUGGCUGAAUGUGGCUGCCGGAAAUGUCUGCCCCCUCGGGGGCUGAUCCGGGGACGUGUGGUGGCCGCUGAGUCUAGGGAGCCCUUGCGCUUUGCUCGGAUCCUCCUGGGCCGGGAGCCCAUUGGCUUCACAUCCUACCAGGGUGACUUCACCAUUGAGGUGGCACCUUCCACUCAGCGGCUGGUGAUUACUUUCGUGGACCCCAGUGGCCAGUUCGUGGACACUGUCAGGGUCCUGCCUUUUGACCCUCAAGGUGCGGGCGUGUACCAUGAGGUCAAGGCCAUGCGCAAGAAAGCCCCUGUCAUCUUAGAUGCCAGCCAGAGCAACACGAUAUCCCUCGGGGAGCUGGAGGACGAAGCCCCCUUAGGUGAGCUGGUCAUCCCGCCGAAAGCCUUCCGCAGAGCUGAUGGUGAACCCUAUGCAGGGGCUGUGGAGGCCCGGGUGACAUUUGUUGACCCCCGAAAUGUCACCUCGGCGGCUGCGGCCCCCAGUGACCUGCGAUUUGUGGACAGUGACGGGGAGUUGGCUCCACUGCGCACCUACGGCAUGUUCUCGGUGGACCUCCGUGCUGCCGGCUCCGCAGAGCAGCUGCAGACCGGGCCGGUGGCCGUGCGUGUGGCCGCCAGCCAGAUCCGAAUGGCCGGCCACGUGGAGGCCCUGAAGCUGUGGUCGCUGAACCCUGACACGGGCUUGUGGGAAGAGGAGAGCGGCUUCCAGCGUGAGAAGUCGGCGGCCUCACGGGUCCGCCGGGAGGAGCGGGUCUUCCUGGUGGGCAACGUGGAGAUCCGGGAGCGGCGUCUGUUCAACCUGGACGUGCCUGAGCGCCGCCGCUGCUUGGUGAAGGUGCGCGCCUACGCCAACGACAAGUUCAACCCCAACGAGCAGGUGGAGGGCGUGGUGGUCACGCUGGUCAACCUGGAGCCUGCCCCCGGCUUCUCGGCCAACCCCCGCGCCUGGGGCCGCUUCGACAGCGCCGUCACUGGUCCCAACGGGGCCUGCCUCCCCGCCUUCUGCGAUGCUGACCGGCCAGACGCCUACACCGCCCUGGUCACGGCCACCCUGGGCGGGGAGGAGCUGGAGCCCGCCCCGUCCAGGCCCCGCCCACGCCCGGCCACCGUGGGCGUGGCCCAGCCCUACCUAGACAAGCUGGGUUACCGCCGCACCGACCACGAUGACCCCUCCCUCAAACGCAAUGGCUUCCGCAUCAACCUCGCCAAACCCAGGUCCGGCGACCCCGCCGAGGCCAACGGCCCCGUGUACCCGUGGCGCAACCUGCGGGAGUGUCAGGAGGCCCCGGUGACCGCCAGCCACUUCCGCUUUGCUCGCGUGGAGGUGGACAAAUACGAGUAUAACGUGGUCCCCUUCCGCGAGGGCGUGCCGGCAUCCUGGACUGGAGAUCUCCUGGCCUGGUGGCCCAACCCGCAGGAGUUCAGAGCCUGCUUCCUCAAGGUGAAGAUCCAGGGUCCCCAGGAAUACAUGGUCCGCUCCCACAAUUCGGGGGGCAGCCACCCUCGGACCCGAGGCCAGCUCUACGGUCUGCGGGAUGACCGGAGUGUCCGAGACCCCCAGCGCCCUAGCACAUCUGCGGCCUGCGUGGAGUUCAAGUGCAGCGGGAUGCUGUUCGACCAGCGUCAGGUGGACAGGACGCUGGUGACCAUCAUGCCCCAGGGCAGCUGCCGGCGCGUGGCGGUCAACGGACUCCUGCAGGAUUACUUGACCCGGCACCCCCCUGCUGCACCUGCUGAUGACCUGGCUGUCUUCUCCAUGCUGGCCCCGCUGGACCCUCUGGGUCACAACUAUGGUGUCUAUACAGUCACUGACCAGAGCCCAAGGCUGGCCAAGGAGAUUGCCAUUGGCCGCUGCUUCGAUGGCUCCUCUGAUGGCUUCUCCAGGGAGAUGAAGGCCGAUGCUGGCACAGCCGUCACCUUUCAGUGCCGGGAGACACCAGAAGGCCGGCCGAGCCUCUUCCAGAGGCUGCUGGAGUCCCCAUCGGCAGCUCUUGGUGACAUCCGCAGGGAGAUGGGUGAGGUGGGCCGGGCACAGGCACGAGCCUCAGGGCCCCUCCGCACCCGCCGUGGCAGGGUACAGCAGUGACCCUGGGCCCCAGCCUCGCUCCUCUGCCCUGCUCCAGACUCCUCUGUCCUUGGCAAGUCUCUUCAGGUUUCUGGGCACUUCCCUCCCCAGCCCAGAAUUCAGUCAGGUCCGAUGGUGCAAAUGCAGGCAGAUAAUUGUUGCUGUGUGACGUGAAAUGGAGUUUGUCCUGACUGUGGGAGCCAGCAUCCUGGGAUGAUGGUCGGGGCUGGUGACCGGCUGAGGCCCAGAGGGGAUCAUUCCCAGCUCACAUGCCAGCUCUGAUUUCAUUUCAUAUUUUGACCCGGAUUUCAGAUAAUCCUCCCUUUCAGAUUUCUGUGCUGAGCUGGAUGCUUUAUUGGGUCCUCUACCCUGAGUUUUGUUCUUGGGGUUAUUUAUUGAAUAAAUAAUAACAGGUGUGAGUGUGGGGUCCGGACGUGGCCCAUUGAAGGUCUGGGGAAGAGGCUUCUUGGCUCUGGGACUGAGGAGCACAAUUCUCAUACGUUUGGUGCUUGGAGAUUCCCCAGGGGGUCGGAGCAGGGAUUCCAUUAAAGAUGCUUCA